AUGGGCGUGUUUGACAGCUGCUCUGUGCUUCUGGAGCUCAAAAACCUGCCUUUCAAACAGAAGAAGAAGCUCAAAUCAGUGGCGACGAAGAGCGGAGGGAGCAUUUCUUCCACAAUCAACAAACAGUGCUCUCUGGUUGUGGCCUCCGACUUGUCCAAGCUGAGCUCCAACAGGCUGCGCAGCAUCCAGAAGAACCAGACGUUGGUGGUCAGCUUGGACUAUCUGUACAAACGUGAGCGCGUUCUUCUGUCAGUGGAAGAGUCGAAGAUGAACACUUCAUCAUCUCCAGGUCUUCCUCCCUGUAAGUCACUGAAGAGAGCUCGGCUAACACAUAGAGCCGAACUUCCAAAAGGUCCGACUUCAUCAAAGGGACCAGCUGUAGAAAAAAACAAUCUGAAGUUCAGAAUCUACAAGGAGUCGGACUCUGCUCUCCCGACGUUCCCCGAUGAUUUCCAGGUGGCGAAGUACUCCGUUUUCGGACAGGAGAACGGCAGCAGGUUUUGCGUGUUGGAGCUGCAGAGCGCCAAAGGCGAGCAGGGACGGCGCUACCGUGUGGCCAGAUACCGGAAGGACAACGUGGCGUCGAAGGAGGCGGCUGUGAUGGAUCAGCUGGUGUUCCUGUCCACCUCAGAAGAAGCUGUGGACGUUUACAAGGAGCUGAGUGAAGAACUGGAGCGCUCUGAGCUGCAGAGGAUGAGCAGCUUACCUGCUGAGGCGCCACACCUGGGCUCCGCCCCCCUGGAGCAGCUGCUGCUGGAGGAGAAGCUGAACUCCGGUGAGUUGUCCCCUGACGUUGCGGCGUUUGUGGAGUUUCUGUGGACCGAAGCUCACGGUUGCCUUGGAAACAUCCUCAGAGUUCCCAUCUCCGGUCUCAGCCUGAACGAUGUGAGCAGAACUGAAGGCCUUCUGCUUCAGGCUCAGAGGAAACUGAAGGAGGGAAACGAGGAUGAGGCUUCGUCCCUCCUGGACGAGGUUUUCUUCCUGCUGCCUCACCGGGAGCCCAGACCUCAGUCACCUACGGCCAGGUUUCUGUCUCAGAAGCUGGACCUCUGUCAGUUAAUCCGAGAUGUUCUGAACGUGAGUGAGAUGACCAUGAACGACCCGAAGCCAUCCUCUGUGGGGAAGUACCGCGCUCUUCGGUGCGGCAUGGAGGCUGUUCCCCGGGGCAGCUCAGAGUUCCAGAACAUCGCCGCCCUGCUGGCUGACAGACCAGUGGAGAUCCAGCAGAUCAUGCGUGUCAGCAGAGCGGUGGAGCUUCUAAGGUUUCAGAGCGAGAUCGGGAACGUUACGCCCCUCCUCCACGCAUCCAGCCCCAAUAACUUUGUAGGAAUCUUGUCCAGAGGUCUGCUGCUUCCCCGUGUUGUAGUGGAGCAACUUGGGAUUAAGAGAACGGACUACGGGAGACUUGGCAGUGGGAUUUACUUUGGUGAUGCUGUGAGCACCAGUUUGAAUUACGCCAAACCCAGUGAAACGGACGGAUCGCGCCUCCUGCUGGUCUGCGAUGUGGCUCUGGGAGUUUGUAAGGACCUUAAUGAAGAAGACAAGACUCUGACCGAGGCUCCUCAGGGCUACCACAGCGUUCACGGAGUCAGACAAACCAACAAAACUACAUCUGAAUUCACCAACCCUAAGCUUCUGUUCAAGGAUGAUGAGUAUGUGGUUUACUCUCUUGACCAAGUGAAGAUGAAAUAUGUAGUUCAGUUCAGAGUGGAAGGAGACGAGCAGAAGGACUUCAGUCCGGACAUCAACCUGACUGCAGAACCCAUUGAGCCUGCCAAGAACCCAGAUCUCACUUCAGAACUUGUAGAAGAAGAUCUAGAAAACGUGAAGAACCCCCUGAAGCGCAUUAAAGCUGGACUGUUGGACAGCUCAGGUCAGCGGCUCCCCCUGCAGGCCGUCCAUGUGAAGUGCAAACUGAUGGAUCUGCUCUCCCAGGUCAUCAUCUUCCAGAAAUACACCAAUCAGAGCUCAGUGCCCAUCGAGGCGAAGUACGUCUUCCCACUGGACUCGGCUGCUGUGUGCGGAUUUGAAGCUUUCAUCAAUGGGAAACACGUGGUGGGAGAGGUGAAGGAGAAGGAGACGGCUCGUAAGGAGUACAAACAGGCGAUAGCAAAAGGCCAUGGAGCAUACCUCAUGGACCAGAGCGCUCCUGAUGUGUUCACCAUCAGCGUGGGCAACCUGCCGCCCGGCGCCACCGUCCUCAUUAAGGUGACCUUUGUGUCAGAGCUGGUGGUCGAAAACGGGAGCAUCCUGUUCUCCCUGCCGGGCAGCGUGGCUCCAUGGCAGAAGAGCUCCGCCCUCAACGAGACCACACAGGACUCUUUGAAGAAAGUUUGUGUGGCCAGUGAAGCAGUGAGAGAGUUUACGUUGGACAUGUCGGUGGAGAUGCCCUUUGAGAUCUUGAGCCUGACGUGCAUCACUCAUCAAGUCAAAAUUAAGAGGAUGGACUGUAAGGCGGUGGUCAGUGUUCUGCCGGGUCAGGUCAUGGGGUCAGAUGGUUUCCAGAUGUCUGUCACUCUCUCUGAGGUUCAUCUUCCCAGAAUGUGGGUGGAGAAACACCCAGACAAGGAUAGCCAGGCCUGCAUGCUGGUUUUCUACCCAAACUUUGAGUUUGACUCCAGCUCUGAAGGCAGUGAAGUUGUUCUUUUGCUGGACACGUCUGAGUCCAUGAAGGGAGAAUCGUUACAGCUGGCCCAGAAAAUCGCCCUGCAGGUUUUAAAGAAUCUGAAGAACGACGUCAAAAUCAACAUCGUUUUGUUUGGAACAGAUCACACAGAAGCUUUCCUGUCGGCUCAGAAACUUGACGAGGUUCAAGCUGAAGCCAAGAAGUUCAUCAAGAGCUGCUCUUCAGUAGGGGGCAGCACUGAGCUGUGGCGGCCUCUCCGGGCGCUCAGCCUGCUGCCGCCGUCCGCCGGCGUUCGAAACCUGCUGCUGCUGUCGGACGGCCACAUCCAGAACGCGGCGGCCACCCUGCAGCUGCUCAGAGACAACGCCCAGCACAGCCGCCUCUUCACCUGCGGCUUCAGCUCCACAGCCAAUCGCCACAUGUUGAGAGCCCUGGCUCAGGCAGGGGGCGGGGCUUAUGAGUUUUUUGACUCUAAGGCGAAGCACACCUGGGCUGAGAAGGUGGAGCGCCAGGUGAAGCGCAUGUCGUCUCCCGGCUGCAGCUCCGUCUCUGUGAAGUGGCAGCAGUUCAACCCCAGAGCUCCUCCAGUUCAAGCCCCGAAGCAGCUGAACUCCCUGUUCAACGACUGCCACACGCUGGUUUACGGCUUUGUGCCCCACUGCACUCAGGCGACUCUUCUUGGAGACUUGCGUGGUCAGGAGCUUCAAACCAUGGUGUCAACAACAGAGCUGCAGAAGACCAGAGGAACGUUUCUUCAUAAGCUCACAGCGAGAGCCCUGAUCAGAGACUACGAGGAUGGGAACCUUGAUAUCACCGAAGCUGAACACGAGGGUAAAAAAGCAGAGCUGAAGUCCUUCAUCAUCGAUCUGAGCAAAGAGUUCUCCAUACUGUCUCAGUUCACCAGCUUCGUGGCCAUCGAAGAGAGGGAUUCUGGGAAGCCAGACGAUGGCGUCAUAGACAUCCCGAAGCUGAUCGCAGAGGAGGAUGUGGACUUCCUGCCAAACAUCACCUGGACUCUUCCUGAGGACAAAGAAAAAAUGCGUUACGAAUCUUCUCUCAUUACUCAAGAGACAUCUGAAGACAGCGAUGACGAUUUACAGAUGUGUUAUGAAUCUUCUCUCAUUACUGAAGAGUUACAGCCGGUUCGUCGUCUACUUUCUGCCGCCAAUAAAGAGAUGUGUUAUGAAUCUUCUCUCAUUACUGAAGAGUUACAGCCGGUUCGUCGUCUACUUUCUGCCGCCAAUAAAGAGAUGCCGGCUUAUUCAAAGUCCGUCACCACUGAAGAGCCUGAGAUGAGCUUCAGUUCCUGCCUCCCCAAACCAGCAACAAGCUGCAUUGUCAGCAAUAUUUCUUUGUCUGCAAAAAUUGAUAUUGAGAAAAUAAUCAUGCAACCUCAGGCGGAGAUUAUUUCCUGUAAAAGAUUAACGCUCACACCGCUGUCUGGGACGUUCCAAUCUGGUGGUUUCGCAGGCGAUCUGUCUGAAUCAAAAACCCCAUCAGCAUCACACAUGUUAGGUCCAGACCCAGAAGAGCAGAAACUGAAGUGGACAAAGAUCUUCCAGCUGCAGCAGGCGGACGGAUACUGGGAGUUAACUGUUGAGCUGGGAAAACUGAUCAAAGUCAACAUGGAUGUGUUUGUUAACGUGUUCCUGAAGAACAAAGGCAUUCAUUCUCUGGGUGUGAAGGCAUUUGCAGGCAUCCAGAGGCUGGUGGCGACUCUGCUGGUUCUGCAGCUGAUGAGGGAGGAGAAGCUGGAGGAAGGAAAACUGCUGCAGAGUCUGUUUCACCUGAUGGAGCCGACCGGGUCCAGGUCUGAGCGCUGGCAUCAGGUGAAGAAGGCAGUGGACUGGGUGCGCUGGGCCGACCGACAGUAUCUGUACGCCUGCAGCCGGCUGGAGCUCGGUUCAAGCUGGGAGCCUUCCAUUCGCCGGCUGCUGAGCCUCAUCACUGAGCAGGCUGAAGCUGAAUAAGACGACUUCAUCGCUGGAGACUCACAGAGAAGUUGCUGCAGUGCUUUCUGAGAGUUAUAUAACCAUCAGCAUGUUUUUUUUUCCAUUGCUUUUUAUCUGCUUCACUUGGUAUUGUGUACAAAGAGCUGAGAAGAUCCUGCAUUGAAUAUUUUCUUUAAAUGACAUGAAGAAACAUUAAGGCAGGAGAGAAAGGAAAUCUUCACAUUUCAUCCCCAUAAACUAUACAAAAUUAAUCAAAUUACACUCACACAAAUAAAAUUACGAACAAAACUUUUAAAAAUCAUAUUGUAAUUGCACUUUUUUCUUAAAAACUAAUGAUUAAAUUUUGUUUGUUUGGGAUUCUAGUUGAGAUAACUCGAGAUCAUCCCAUUUCCUCAUGCUGGACAUUUUGGUUCAACAAUAACAAUACAUGAAAUUACCUGUAAAAUAAGUCACAUAAAGUAACAUCUAGUCCUAACCCAUAGAAUCGGGCUUCAAUAAGAUCAAUGGGGUUGUGUUUUUAUGUUAUUGUACUUUGCUUUUUAUAUAUAAAAAAGCAAACAUAAUCUUUAUCUAUUUGCAGUAACAGUCAAUCUAAAGCAACAUUUUUCACUAUGGCAAUAAACUUUAUUCAUAUAUCAUAUCAACAAAAUCAUCCAACGUCUUUAAACCUGUUUCUCAUGUUGGUGAUGGGUUUUUGAAUUUUUCUUUUAAAUUACGUUUGGGUGAUGUCGUCGAUGACGAUCUGAGAAUAAAAUUGACAAACCCAAA